AUGAAGACAUUUUGUGGAGUUCUGCUGUGCUACCAGCUAGUGAUAGCGUCAGUGCUGGCUUUAGAUCAGGUCCUGUUGGUUGAAGAGUGGCUUCAGUGGAAGAACCAGCACAAGAAAGGCUACAGAACGAAAGGAGAAGAGAGAAAGAGGCACUCUGUCUGGUUGGCUAACAGAGAGUUUGUUAGUAGCCACAACUCAGAGUGGGAGGAACAUGGCUACUCUCUGUCCCUCAACCAGUUUGCUGAUCUGACUGAUGAGGAGUACACAGGGCUCCUGGUUGGUCACAGCUACCCUGAUUACGAGGAUAACCCUCUCGUCACCAAAUUCAGAAGUGGGAGAGAUCUCACCUCCCACGACCUCCCAAACUCAAUCGACUGGAGGACCAAGGGAGUUGUCACAUCCAUCAAGAACCAAAAUUCCCGACAGUGCAACUCCAGCUAUGCAUUUGCAGCAGUUGGCUCAGUGGAGGGGGCCUGGGCCCUGACCAGGGGGUCUCUCACUAGACUCAGCGAACAGAACAUCAUUGACUGCUCUGUGCCGUAUGGAAACAUGGGCUGCCGCGGAGGCUCUGUGUUCAGUUCCUACCUCUACAUGGUCAACAGCGGAGUCAGCACCUACAGCUGCUACCCCUACAGAGGCAGGCAAUCCUACUGCAGCUACACGAGUAACUGCACCUGUGCCAAGAUGUCUGGGAUGGUGCGAAUAGAGUUUGGGAAUGAGACGGAUCUGCAGGCUGCACUGGCAACCGUGGGGCCAGUGGCAGUGACUAUUGACGGCAGCUCUAAAGCAUUCAGAUUCUACAGCCAGGGAGUGUUUGACUGGUCAGGGUGCUCCAGCACCAAACUCAACCAUCCUCUCCUCCUCAUUGGCUACGGCUACACUUACGUGGAGAGUGUGUACACUGAAUACUGGCUGCUGAAAAACAGUUUUGGAACCAACUGGGGAGAGGACGGCUACUUCAGACUAGUACGGAACCAGUUCAACCAGUGUGGAAUUGCCUCUGAUGCCCUCUUUCCCACACUAUGA